AUGUCUGGAAGCGGGCUCACCCCAGAUGAUUAUCGCCGAUAUCAAGAGCACAUGAAGCGUAAACAGGAAAGAGAGAGAAGAGCCAGGGCUGAGCAAGAAAAGGCUGAGCAGGAGAGGGCUGAGCAGGAAAGGGCUGCUAAAGAGAGAGCAGACAAAAAGAGAGCAGCCAAAAAGAGAGCAGCUGGGGAGAGAACCGCCAAAGAGAGAGCUGCAGGAGAGCCCGCUACCCCAGUUGAUGAACCGGAGAAUACCAGUGAUGGAGACAACUCCUCCACCCUCUUGAGCCCAAACUAUCGAGGCAUAGCGAGCGGCUGGAUAAAGGUAAUCUGGCAAUGUCUCAUGAACCAUAAACUUUCUGUUUUAUUUCUAAUCGCCACCAUCGCCGGUUUGUUGACAAGUAUCCCUUGGAUGAGGUUCAUCCUCAAGUUUCCCCUUCCUGUUCCUGGCGGCAGUCUUGGCAGCUUGUUUAUGGUGGCAGUGAAAAAGCUUGGCCUGCCUACACCGACAGAAAGCCCGUCUUGCGUCCGUGAUGGGCCAGUCUUCUCUGCCAGUGGCCAGUUCCUUGGCGAAAUAGCCAAGUUACUGGACGGGAAAACCUUUGAAGGUGUUGACUUCAACUUCAACGAGACAUUGUUGCUCGAAGUCAAUCGGGCGGACGAUAGGCUUGCAACUGUCACCAGAAGCAUUUCCAACCAUUCUUACCACGUUUGCCGACACAUAUCUCGUCUGAGUGAAAUCGUCUCCUCCGAGCCCUCAUUUUUAGCACCUUUUCUUGAGUUUAUUGGGUAUGAAAAGUCGAAGGAAACGGUUAUAGAGAAUGAGACAAAAGGCUUUCUCUCCACCUUGGAUCAUGGCAACACUACCCGUUCAGAAAUGAUCAACCAGACCAGAGCUGUCUACGAAUCGAUCGGAAAACUGCAGAAUGAAUUCUGUGAGGCAAGUGAUAAAGUGCUGAACAUCAAAACAGAUGUUUCCGAAAAGCUGUCCGCCAAAAAAGCCGCCUUACAAGCCCAGAAGAAGCACACCGCCUUACGGCAAUAUGUUGCUCGCCGACUUCAUGGCAUCGAUAUCGAUACUCUGAAGAUGGAAAACGUGGCACUACGGCAAAGGCUAGACGAAGCGACGGACUUACGCAUCCACCCUGCGUUGGGAUGCAACGGGGGUGGGAUCUUUAGGUCCAAGAUGCGCAAGCUGGAGAAGGCCUUGAAGGGUCAUGAUAGGUUUUCCAAGGAUGCGAAAGCCAAGGCAGAGUGGAUCUUGGCAGAGCUACAGAGGGAUGGUAACUGGAAGGCUGCCGGAGAGGAACUAUCUAAGACUAUGAAGGACUAUGAUGAUAAGAUAAACGGAUUGUACUAUGGGAUAACCUGA